AUGGGAAUUAGUGGAGAUAUUGUUAUACGACUAUUAGAAACUGUUCCUCCACAUAAAAUUCAUAAAAUUUACAUGGAUAACCUUUUUUCUUCAUAUAAUUUAGCAGUUGCGCUCAAAGAUAAUGGUUUUAUCAUGUCGGGGAUCAUAAGAUCUAAUCGAUUAUUAGGAUGCCAUCUGGUUGAUGAUAAAAUCUUAAAGAAAAAAAAAAGAGGGUCCCUUGAUUAUAAAGUGGAUUCUAAUAAUAAUAUUAUAAUUUGCAAAUGGUUUGAUAACAAAUCGGUUAUCACGAUAUCAUCAUUUAUGGGUAUAAAUCCCACAUCACGAACGAAAAGAUGGUCGGUAUCUGAAAAAUCUUUUAUUAAUGUCGAAAUUCCGGCUAUAAUUCAAGAUUAUAAUGCUGGUAUGGGCGGAGUGAAUCUCCAUAUGUUAAUUGAACUAUACAGUGACAUAAAAUGGAAGCGCUUUUACAUGCGAAUUUUCUUUCAUUUAUUAGAUUCCUGUGUGAUGAAUUCGUGGUUACUCUAUAGAUGCCACAUCAAACAGAAAGAUGAUAAAUAUAUAUCUCUUUUAUCGUUUAAAGCUCGGAUAAUUAAAAGAUUAAUGAUGGUUGGAAAGGAAAAUUAUGGAAAAGAAGGUAAACAUAAUUUGAAGAUUGAAAAAAAAAGAAAAGAAAUUGAAUAG